CGCACCAUCAACCCGUCAACAACCCAACCCAAUGACUAUCUCGAGCAUUUGAGCUAUUGAGGCUAUCUCCAAUGGACCUUUCCAAGCCAGUAGAUGACGAGUUCACUCGAGCUCUUCCGAAGAUCGAGGCAAGUCAAGCAAUCCUUUCUGAUGCAAAGCUCCACGCCCACCUAAGCGGCAGCAUAAGCCGACAAUGCCUCCACGAGAUCUGGGCCCAGAAGAAAGCCCAAUCCCCAGAGACCUUCACCCUGGAAGAUCCUCUGGUAGCGAUGCCCCCCGGCAAAGUGGACUAUUCUCUGCAGACAUUCUUCACCACCUUCUCCCACACAAUCUACCACCUCCUGACCACCCUCUCCGACAUCCGGGCCGCCACGCGGUCCACCCUGGCCGACUUCGCCGCCGACGGCGUCGUCUACCUGGAACUGCGGACGAUCCCGCGCGCCUCGCCGGCGCAGUCGUUCACGCGGGAGGAGUACCUGACCACAGUGCUUGACACAAUCGCCGAGUUUGGGUUGCAGCAGCAGCAGGAGCAGCAGCAGCAGCCCCCCGCAAAUACAUCAUCGCUCCCCAGCGAAAGCGGAGCCUCCCCGAAGAAAGCAGCGAUGACGACGAACCUCAUCCUCGCCAUCGACCGGGGCACCAUGACCGCCCAGGACGCGAUGGAGGUCGUCCAGCUAGCCAUCAAGUACCGUUCCCCAAACCCCAGCACGAGGCGUAGCACCCACCCCCACCCCCGAAAAACCGGGGGGACAGUAAUCGGCCUCGACAUCUGCGGCGACCCCACGAAAGGCGACAUCGCGCUGUACGCGCCCGCCCUCGCCCUCGCCAAAGCGGUGGGGCUAGGCGUGACGGUGCAUUUCGCCGAGGUGGCCCCCAACCCCCACCAACCCCGGAACCAGGAGGAGGAGUUGCGGACCUUGCUCGACUUCGAACCGGAUCGCCUGGGCCACGUGAUCCACGUGUCGGCCCCGAUAAAGCAGGCCAUCCGGCAACGGAGAUGUGCGCUGGAGCUGUGUCUGUCGUGUAAUGUGCACGCGGGCAUGGUGGCGGGCGGGUUCGCGGAGCAUCAUUUUGGGGAGUGGUGGGCCGAUGGGACGGGUCAGUGUGUGGUGGUGUUGUGUACGGAUGAUGUCGGGUUCUUCUGUAGUCCGGUGUCGAACGAGUAUCGGCUCGCGGCGGAGCAUUUCCGUCUGGGUCGGGCGGAGGUGUUGAGGCUUUGUCGGCGGUCGUACGGCGCGAUCUUUGGGGGUGCAGCAGAGACCGAGCGGCUGCAUAAACUUCUCGAUGAUUUCGAGGCGGGCUACAAGGGUUGA